UUUUCUCUUUUAUCCAAUCCAAAUGAAGGGGUAGAAGACAUGACGACUGUCUUUGUCCAGCGAAAAUAGCACGAGCGGCUCAAGGGCAAGAGAUGAUGGCUACUCUCAAGAGCAAGAAGAGUUUGAACUUCCUCACUCACUUCCUCCACCACCGGAGUCCAGGCUUCAAUUACUCAACCACACGGACGCUUGAACCACUAGCUUUCGAAGAGGUACGAUCUUCCUCGGAGAAGCCUUGCACUUCAACGGCUUUUGUUCUUCACGGUCUCCUAGAAUCUGGCCGCUACUGGCAUUCCUUCUCUCGAAAUCUUGCUUCCUCUCUCUCCAAUUCUUCUUCUUCUUCUGAGUGGAGGAUGGUGCUUGUGGAUUUGAGGAACCAUGGUAUAUCUGCCGAUAUUAAAGGUCUGGACCCGCCUCAUGAUGUUUUCAAUGCGGCUAAAGAUUUGGCUAAUUUGGUCAAAUCUCAUGGUUGGUCUUGGCCUGAUGUUGUUAUUGGUCACUCCAUGGGAGGCAAAGUAGCUCUCCAGUUCGCGCAGAGUUGUUCUAGGGGUGAUUAUGGGGAAUCUGCUGUAUGGCCCAAGCAGCUGUGGGCUUUGGAUUCUGUCCCUGGAGAUGUAAAGCUUGAGACCAUUGAUGAAGUAGAGAAAGUCUUGAAGACCUUGCAGAGUCUACCUUCUUCAUUUCCUUCACGGAAGUGGCUUGUGAAUCACAUGAUUGACCUAGGGUUCUGUAAGCCAACAGCAGAAUGGAUUAGUAACUAUCUAAAGAAAUCUGGAGAACAGGAGAUAUGGUCUUUUAAUCCUGAAGGUGCCAUCCAGAUGUUCGAUUCUUACUGGGAGUCAUCAUAUUGGUCUUUACUGGAACACCCACCAAAAGGAAUGGAGAUCAAUAUUGUGGUCGCAGAGAAAAGUGGCUGUUGGGAGCCAGAUGUAAUUCAGCGACUUGAAAGUCUUGACAGUCAGAAAGGAAGUGGAUCUGAGGGUGAGGUUUCACUUCAUGUUCUUCCAAACUCUGGGCACUGGCUUCAUGUGGACAAUCCAAAGGGUCUUCUUCAGAUUGUGGCGCCAAAGAUCGCUUCUCUUUCAGCAUUAAUGCAUAGCUAUAGUUCAAGGGAUUCAUCAUAAAGGAGUAUUAUGGGUAUUGUCUUUAUCCCUUAUUGUAAUGCAAUAAAAUGUUAAUUGACACAUAUCAUGAUUCAUGAAUAAUCUAAUUUUUUGAUAAAAUAUUUAUCGGCAUUUUAGCUUGUUGCAUAUAGGAAUAUGUAGCCCAAAACUUUCGAGUUUCGUGGACUGUAUUGGUACUUUAUUUUCUUUUAAUUGUUUGUUUAACAUAUAUAUGUUGAGCCUAA